CCUCGCACAAAAACUCUUCCAUUUCUACCUAAACCCCCCCCCUCUCUCUCUCUCUCUAUCUCCAUGGCUCUAUCCAAGCUCAUCUUCCUCACGCACCUCAAACUCCUCACGAAACCCCACCGCCCACCCCCCUCCUCCUUCGUCUCCCUCCGCUCCCUCUCCUUCGCCACCCCCGAAGAAGCCGCGGCCGAGCGCCGCCGCCGCAAGCGCCGCCUCCGCAUCGAACCCCCUCUCAACUCCCUCCGCUCCCAGUCCCACCCGCAACAACAGCCCCAUCACUCCUCCCCUCCCAAAAACCCUAACGCCCCCAAGCUCCCGGAACCGGUCACCGCCCUGACCGGUAACCGCCUCGUCCUCCACAACAAGAUCCUAACCCUAAUCCGCCAGAACGACCUCGACGAGGCCGCCCUCCUCACCCGCCACUCCGUCUACUCCAACUGCCGCCCCACCGUCUUCACCUGCAACGCCGUCAUGGCCGCCCUACUCCGCCAGUCCAGGUACUCCGACCUCCUCUCCCUCCACCGCUUCGUCAACCAGGCCGGCAUCGCCGCCAACGUCGUUACCCACAACCUCCUCAUCAACGCCUACGUCGACUGCCGCAAAACCGACACCGCCUUGGAGCACUACAAGCAGUUAAUUAACGACGCCCCCUUCAACCCUUCGCCCACCACUUACCGCAUUUUGAUCAAAGGGUUGGUUGAUAACAGUAAGCUUGAUAGGGCAAUUGAGUUGAAGGACGAGAUGUUGGUUAAGGGUUUGGAUGCGGACCCGAUUGUUUACCAUUAUCUGAUGUUGGGUCAGGCUAGGGUUGGGAACGGGGACGGUGUUUUCGGUCUGUUUGAGGAGUUGAAGGAGAAAAUGGGAGGGGUUGUUUCGGACGGGGUGGUCUGUGGGGAUUUGAUGAAAGGGUAUUUCUUGAGGGGAAUGGAGAAGGAGGCGAUGGAGGUGUACAAUGAGGCGUGCGAUGAGGCGGCGGGGCAAGUUUUGAAGUAUAGGAUGAGUGCGGUCGCGUACAAUUCAGUGUUGGAUGCGUUGAGCAAGAACGGGAAGUUUGAUGAGGCGGUUAAUCUGUUUGGGAGAAUGAUGGCGAAGCAUGAUCCGCCUAUGAAGCUUAGUGUGAAUUUGGGGAGCUUCAAUGUGAUGGUGGAUGGGUAUUGCGCGGGAGGUAGGUUUCAGGAUGCAAUUCGGGUUUUUAAUAGCAUGGGUGAGAUGAGGUGUAGACCCGAUACUUUGUCUUACAAUAACUUGAUUGAACAGUUGUGUAACAAUGGCAUGUUGGCUGAAGCAGAGGAGUUGUAUAAAGGGAUGGGUGAAAAAGGGGUGAGUCCGGACGAGUUCACUUUUGUUUUGUUGAUGGAUUCUUGCUUUAGAGAUGGCCGACCGGAUGAUGCUGCCGGGUAUUUUAAGACGAUGGUUGAUUCCAAGCUGAGGCCAAACUUGGGGGUUUACAAUAGAUUAAUUGAGGGAUUGGUUAAGGUGGGAAAAGUUGAUGAGGCAAAGUCAUUUUACGAGUUGAUGGUGGGGAAGCUUAAGAUGGAUGAUGCAAGCUAUGAGCUUAUGAUGAAGGCUUUGUUUGGCAUUGGGAAGGCGGACGAGGUGCUUGCAAUGGUUGGUGGGUUGUUGAGGGAUGAGGGACUUGAAUUUAGUGCAGAGUUGCAAGAGUUUGUUAAAGGAGAAUUGGGGAAGGAAGGGAGAGAGGAGGAUUUGGUGAAGCUUUUGGAGGAUGUAGAAAGGGAGAAGGCAGAAGCUGCAGCUAAAGAGGCUGAGGCUGCGGAAAAGGCCAAGGCGAGUGCAAGAGCGGCUGUUUCUUCUUUGCUACCAUCUAAGUUGUUUGGGAAUAAGGAAGAGGAGAAAGCAGAGGAAGAAGAGAGUGUUGCAGAAACUGCUUCAGAGACUGAUUCUGUUGAUGCAGUUCCGGUGGAAGAAGCAACGGUAGGUGAGAAUAGGAGUGAGGCCACGAGUGAGCAGGUAAGCGCUUCAUGAAGUGGUUCAUUUGAAAUUGCUGAUGGAGAGAAUGGUUGCCUUUUUCUGUGCCUUUCUCCUUGAGAGGAUUCUAAUGUAUGAACCAAAUAUCUUUCGAUGAUUCUAAUGUAUGAACCAAAAAAUAUUUGCUUCCUUUGUCAGAUUCGAUGUAAUUAGGGUGGAAAUGAUAAUGAUCUUGAUGAUUUUUUUGUUUGUGAUA